UUUGGACUUUGUAGCAAAAUAGGAAAAAAGGGGGUCUUAUGUAAAACUGGAGGGCUUUUUAUUUAUUAAUCGGUGCUUGUCGUUAUUUACACUCCAGCUAUGUUUACGAGAGGAUGUAUUUACAGAUCCAGACAGGCUUACCAGACUCUAAGUUUGAACCUAAUUUCGUGUGGUUUGUCUAGAAUGGGGAAUUUCACGUCGACAGCGCCUGGGUUGUCAAGCUCAGCGUGUUCUCAGUUUGUCCAGGAUGUUGUGUCCAGUAACUGUGUUGUGAUAUUCUCCAAAACCACGUGCCCAUACUGUAAGAUGGCGAAGAACGUUUUUAACGAGAUCGGAGCUGCAUAUAAAGUUGUUGAACUGGAUCAGCAAAACGAUGGUGGACGUCUACAGGAGACCUUGGCACAAAUGACAGGUGCCAGAACAGUGCCAAGAGUCUUUAUUAACGGGCAGUGCAUUGGAGGAGGCACAGAUACAAAGCAGCUCCACCAGCAAGGGAAACUUCUGCCUCUCAUUGAACAGUGUAGGCUGUGCUGUUUGAGUACCAGCCCUGAGGGCUCAGGCAACCCUCAAUAUCAACAUAAUCAGUCAUAAUGUUUUGUAUUAUGUGUUCAUUCUCGUUGGUCACCCGUGAACAGCCCGAGCAGAGGUUAAG